AGAACAAAUUGCAAGUCAGUAAGCUGUAGGUGUGAAGGAUUCAUCAGGACUCAGAAGACUGACACACUGUGGUGGACCGGCAGAAUCAAGAUCACAGCUAGACUAAAUGCAACAUUCCCUUUAGCUGGAAACAGACCACAUAUCUGAGUGCAUCAUGGAUUUUGUGAUGAAGCAAGCGUUGGGCGGGGCCACCAAAGACAUGGGGAAGAUGUUAGGUGGAGAGGAAGAGAAGGACCCUGAUGCCCAGAAGAAGGAGGAAGAGAGGCAGGAGGCGCUCAGACAACAAGACGAGGAGCGAAAGGCCAAACAUGCUCGUAUGGAGGCCGAGAGGGAAAAGGUCAGACAGGCCAUUCGAGAUAAGUAUGGACUAAAGAAGAAAGAAGAGAAGGAAGCAGAGGAGAAAGCGGCUAUGGAACAAGCGUGCGAAGGCUCCUUGACUCGCCCCAAAAAGGCCAUCCCAGCAGGCUGCGGGGCGGAUGACGACGAGGACGAGGAGAGCAUUCUAGACACCGUUCUCAAAUUCCUGCCGGGACCUCUGCAGGACAUGUUUAAAAAGUAACAGACAUGAAGCUGUUUCUCAAGAAAGAUGGGUGAGGGGGGAUUUUUGCCAAACAGGUGAAAGGCUUUUCACUGCCUUGACAGAAUUUUAAUUGUUCCUUUCUUAUGGAUAGAUACACAAAUCAUAACCCGCCAACGUCUGGUCUUUUCACUGCCAUUCAGGUUCAAAUUGUUUACACUUUCUAUAAAUCUCUGUGUUUGUUUACUGAUCAGCAGGGUCUCUGAUGCUGCCUUAGGUACUCAACGAUCAGCCCCACAAUAACAGCACAUUGAUACUGAGCUCUGGCACUGGGAAUUUGAUUCUUACUAGAUUUAUUUAUUUAAAACACAGUGGGGUCAGAGUAUUUUAAAACUCUAGCUUGAUAUAACUAUCCCUUCUUUCAUAGAAAAGUUGUCAGUGAAGUGCAGAAUGCAGCUGUAAUGCUUUGAGUAGUUGCAUGAGGUCAAAAUCGUACUGUAUGAUGAAUUACGUUUGCCAUCAGUGAGAUUGAUGAUACGGUGCCAUUUGUAAAAAUGGGAGACGCUACUGUCUUAGAUGUGCCACGUCUGACCACCUGAAUGCUUAAAUGGUUUGCAGCCUGUCAGUUCUCGUUUGUCUAUGAUGUAUUCUUUAUUUUGAUUUUUUUUUCUCUCUCUAUUUUUUGUUAGUGUGAAAUAGAACUUGAUUUGACCACAAGUAAUAUUCACAUUAGCCUUGCCAGCAAAAGAUCAGGAAAAGCUCAGUAAGUACUAGAACUGUCUGUGACAAUAGUACAAACUGGACCAAAUCAUCUUUACAAUUAAGAGUCAUUCAGGACGAUUCAAGAUCCCAAAACCAUACAGAACAGACUCUACAGACAUUUUAGUAUGCAUUCAGAAGUCAGCCAGUGUUUCACAGCACAUUCCUCACGAUGAUCUGAUGUUAGAUUACUCACACAUGACAAUCAGAAAUUAACUGGUUUCAUUCAAAAAUGAAAAAGAAUCUUAUUUUAUUUUUGUUAUCUGUUAAAAAUGUAUGUAAAACUAAAGAUGGGUCACAAGAUAUUUGGGAUGUUCUGCAAUAUUAGAACAACUGCCUUAGCUGAAUAUUAUGUAAAGGUCUGACCUGAGUUUUUAUUGUGCUUGUAGAAAAAAGUAGGUAAUUGUAACAUUAAAAUGCAAAAAACAAGCCUACAUAUAGUAUAAUGAAUUUAGUAAUAUUGCAUAAAGUGCAGGCAUUGUUUUAUAUAGAAACCAGUUUCCGGCAUUGAAUUAAAAAAUCUCACAAUGCUGACUUUUUUUCUUGCAUUCGCA